AUGGAUCUCGCGGAGACGCAGCGUCUCCUGUCGGAGUACCUGCACGAACUCGCGACCCUUUUCCACCAAAUACCCGGGUCCGCUAUCUUCCUUCGUUACGUCAAGUCAAGCUACCAAGAUGAUCCAAUUCGCUCCGCGGUGGAAUUGUUUCUCUUUUUGUUUGCUGUGCGGUAUCUCUUGGCUCCCAAGUACUCGACAAAGCCCGGUGUAGUACCACUCACGGAGGACGAGAUCGAUGACCUGGUGGACGAGUGGACCCCUGAGCCACUGGUCGGAGAGCCCACACCUUUGGAGGAGAUGGAAGUUGCCAGACGGACUGUGAUUGUGGGUCCUGUCGGCCCCAAGUCUAAACUCGCCAACGGUCGCACCGUUACUAAUCUCAGCUCUUAUAACUUCUACAACUUCAACACCAACGAGACUCUCAAAGAGAAGGCGAUCCAGACCCUUCGAAACUACGGUGUCGGUCCAUGUGGUCCUCGCGGUUUCUACGGCACUCAAGACGUUCACCUGAAGACCGAGGCCGAUAUCGCGUCAUUCCUUGGCACCGCUGCCUGUAUCAUGUACUCCCAAGCGUUUUCGACCAUUUCCAGUGUGAUCCCUGCCUUCUCUAAGCGUGGUGACAUUAUCGUGGCCGACAGAGGUGUGAGCUUUGCUAUCCGGAAGGGUAUCCAGAUCUCCCGGAGCACCGUCCGGUGGUAUGAACACAAUGAUAUGGAGGACCUGGAGCGAGUUCUCGCCAAAAUCACCAAGGAGCAGGCGCGCAAGCCGUUGACUCGACGAUUCAUCAUCACCGAGGGCAUGUUCGAAUCUUACGGUGACAUUGUGAAUCUGCCCAAGAUUAUUGAGCUCAGGCUCAAGUACAAGUUCCGCCUGAUCUUGGACGAGACAUGGUCUUUCGGAGUUUUGGGCCGCACUGGUCGUGGUGUGACUGAGCACCAGAAUGUCGAUGCCGCAGAGGUUGACAUGAUUGUGGGUUCGUUGGCUGGUUGCCUCGUAGGAGGUGGAGGCUUCUGUGCUGGAUCAGAGGAGAUUGUCCACCACCAGCGUAUUUCUGCUUCAGCGUACACUUUCUCUGCGGCUCUUCCGGCUCUUCUCUCUACCACUGCCAGCGAGACUAUCAAUCUCCUUCAAAACAACCCAGAGACAGUAUUGCAGCUGCGCGAGCAGACUAAAACAAUGCGGGCUCAACUAGACCCCCGGAGUGACUGGGUAUACUGCUCCAGCUCUCCCGAAAACCCCGUUCUCAUUUUGGUUAUCAAGCCCGAGGUUGUGGCUUCUAAGAAGCUUUCUUAUGAAGACCAGCAGUUCUUGCUCCAAGAUGUUGUUGAUGAGUGCCUCGCCAACAGUGUUCUUAUCACCCGUCUCAAGACUCUCGAGGACAACUUUGAGCCAAAGCAAAUUGUCCCUGCUGCGCUGAAGGUUUGUGUCACCACUGGCCUCACCAAGAAGGAGAUCGAAAAGGCUGGCACCAUUGUCCGGCAUGCCAUCACAAAGGUGAUGAGCAAAAAGAAAUAA